GGGAGGCUUUCUGCCUCGUUCCCCAGCGACCAAAAUAUCGUAAAUUUAACGGUUGGGGUUUUUCCUCCUUCGGCUGUUAACUUGUUGCGUUGAAGCGCUUUGCGUUGUGUCCUAAGAGGAUUUGGGAUCGAGGUUUCAGAAGUUUCUUCUCUUUCCCUUUACCCUUUAAAUGUUAGAAAUGUGGGAAAUACGGGAUGGAAAUGCAACUCCUGCCUCUGUUUGGUGAGCUUCCCGCCUACAGAAAUGAUAGUGUCUUGCAAAAAAAAUAAUAAUCAGUGUAAUCUUGUAAGUAGGAGGUAUGUUAUUGGCAAUCACAAAUCAUGGGGUGCUCUUGCAAACAGCAGGCCGACUGUGAGUGUAACCUGAUAGUGUGAGCCAUGAGCAGGGCUCUGUAGAUUUUUACUAGUCAGUGCAUUGAAUAUGGCCAGUGCUUGGAGCUUGGUAGGAACACCUUAGUGGUUUAAAAGUGGCAUUUUCUGUAAUUAGGGAACAAGGAUGCACAUGGCGACUGCAGUGAGGCUGCAGAGAACUUCGGACUGGACUUGUGAAUACUUUCACUUUGGUCAUGAUCUCCGUGGAUGCAGCACGGUGACUAGACAGCUGCAUCCCAUCCCCUCCCAAAUUUCAGAGGAUGUUUUAGAUUUUGUGGUGGAAUGUGUUGUGUGCUGUGUUUUUUGGUUUUGGGUUGGUUUUUCGGGUGGUGUUUUGGCAGGGAAGUAGGGGUGGAGGUGGGGGGAGAUUAAAGCUGUGAGAGGCACCAUCCGUGGCUGUAGUUUGGACACUUAUGUAGUUGUCUGUAAAUUGAAGAGAUGUUUAAAGAUGGGAAAUAAUCCUUUCCAGAGUAACCUUUUCUUCUCCGGUCAUCGUAACACAGCUUGCAAUAAUACUGGUGGAGGUAGAGAGCAUAAGGGCAGUGGUCUGUGGGGAGGAGAAGAAGACAUGGAUUUGUGCAGAACAAUUGCUGAAGGAUACAGUGGGUGCUGGGGAGAGAAAUCAAGGGCAGCUUAAAAGCCUGAAGAAGGGAGGAAAUUUGUGGGAAACAUUUGAAACAGAAAGGAAAGGUAAAAAUUGAAGAGCUCUUAGGAGAGUAAAUGAAAAGGUAGAAUGGCUCUGAUACGCUCUUAGAAAAAUUGAAUGUGUAUUUCUCCCUCUCCUGUGCCCCUCCAUAGUGUAAGCAAGAAGCUUCUUGGUUUGUCUUGGAGUCAAUAAUAACAAACUAGUUGAUUAGUUUAAAACAGGUACUUAGUAAAGUAGUAGUAAGUAGGUACUUAGUUAAAUAGUAGUACUUAGUUAAAGAAGGGUGAUUUUUUUAUGUGAAUGCCUGAGCCUGUAGUAGGAUUUGAGGACCUUAGAAGUAUUUGAGGUUUUCGAGGGAGGAACCUGCUGAUACAGAGAAGAGAAAUAAGCAUACUCGAGCUACUGGUGCCUGGGACCUGAAACCAUGUCAUCUUUUCCAGGUCUCUUCCUCUUUUUUUAAAGUUUUUUUUUCUGAGGCAGAAGGAAAAAGGUCAAAAUGGGGCGGAGAUCCACAUCAUCCACCAAGAGUGGGAAGUUUAUGAAUCCCACAGAUCAGGCCCGGAAGGAAGCUCGGAAAAGAGAACUAAAGAAGAACAAAAAGCAACGAAUGAUGGUACGGGCAGCUGUACUGAAGAUGAAAGAUCCAAAGCAGAUUAUCCGGGACAUGGAAAAACUGGAUGAGAUGGAGUUUAACCCAGUACAGCAGCCACAACUUAAUGAGAAAGUGCUAAAAGAUAAACGCAAAAAACUCCGUGAGACUUUUGAGCGUAUUUUGCGGCUAUACGAGAAGGAGAAUCCUGACAUCUAUAAAGAACUGCGCAAGUUGGAAGUGGAGUAUGAGCAGAAGAGAUCACAACUCAGCCAGUAUUUUGAUGCUGUCAAGAAUGCUCAGCAUGUGGAAGUGGAAAGUAUCCCCUUGCCAGAUAUGCCGCAUGCUCCCUCCAACAUCCUCAUACAGGAUAUUCCCCUUCCAGGGGCCCAACCACCUUCUAUCCUCAAGAAGACAUCAGCCUAUGGACCACCAGUUCGGUCCAUUUCUGUACUUCCUCCUCCUGGGCUUGGUGUUCCACGUUUACCUCCAGGCAGGAAGCCCCCUGGACCUCCUCCAGGGCCACCCCCACCUCAGGUCCUACAGAUGUAUGGCCGUAAAGUGGGUUUCACCUUGGAGAUGGCUCCUCGAAGGCGAGAAGAGGAGAUUUCUUACAGUUCUGAAGCAGGACAGCGAGGGCAUGAUGAUGAUAUGUCCAGUACUAGUGAAGAUGAAGGUUAUCCUGAGGAUAUGGAUCAAGACAAGCAUGAUGAGAGUAGCGAUGAUAGUGACAGCGAUAGGUCAGAUGCAGACAGCGAAGGCGAGGACUUCCUGCAUCGUGAUAAUGACAAGGAGAGGGAAGGUGGUGAAGAAAAGAAAUCAGGUCAUAGUGUACGGUUUGCAGACAUGCCUGGGAAGUCACGGAAAAAGAAAAAGAACAUGAAAGAACUGACUCCACUCCAGGCCAUGAUGUUACGAAUGGCAGGUCAGGAGAUACCAGAAGAAGGGAGAGAAGUGGAAGAAUAUUCAGAAGAGGAGGAGGAGGAGGAAGAGGACUCAGAGUCUGAAGAGACAUCACAACAACAGCAGCAGCAACAACUCAGUGAGGAAGCUCUUGCAGAGACGGGGUCAUCUACUGCAACUUCCCAGACACAACAGCAGCAACCGCCUCCGCAGCCUGUUCCUCCAACUCAGAUACAGGCACCUCCUAUGCCUGGGCCACCUCCGCUAGGACCACCGCCGGCCCCUCCGCUGAGGCCCCCAGGCCCACCCACCGGCCUUCCUCCUGGCCCUCCACCAGGAGCUCCUCCGUUCCUGAGACCUCCUGGCUUACCAGGACUGCGUGGGCCUUUACCUCGACUUCUACCACCGGGCCCGCCGCCUGGGCGACCACCUGGCCCUCCCCCAGGGCCCCCCCCAGGUCUGCCCCCAGGUCCUCCUCCUCGUGGGCCUCCUCCUCGCCUGCCCCCUCCUGCCCCGCCAGGCAUCCCUCCUCCUCGCCCAGGCAUGUUACGGCCACCUCUGGUGCCUCCAUUAGGACCUGCCCCACCUGGGCUCUUCCCACCAGCUCCCAUUCCAAAUCCUGGGGUACUGAGUGCCCCACCCAGCUUGAUUCAGCGCCCCAAGGCGGAUGACACCAGUGCAGCCACCAUUGAGAAGAAAGCCACGGCCACUAUCAGUGCCAAGCCACAGAUCACUAACCCCAAGGCAGAGAUCACUCGCUUUGUGCCUACUGCUUUGCGAGUGCGCCGGGAGAAUAAAGGGGCUUCAGCUGCCUCCCAGAGAAAACAGGAUGAUGAGCCUGCUCUCCCAUUAACCAAAGCUGCCCCUAAGGCUGGAUCAUCUGCCCCUAUCUCUGUACAGACAAAGGAUGAUGUGUAUGAAGCCUUCAUGAAGGAAAUGGAAGGUCUCCUGUGACCUGUCAUAGUCCUAGUCAGCUUUCCUGCCCCUCUGAACACAGAUCAGACCACCGCGGAGGGAGGAGAAGGAAAGGUCCUCCUGCAAGCAACGAAAGGGCUCGCAUGACAAGGAAUAGUUCCUUACCCACAGGUUAACUUGCCAGUAUGCUCUGAAUAGAGACCGCUGCAGAUGAGGUGUGGCUGGGGACCUCCUUUCAGAGCUAGCAUGUCCACUUAGUGGAAGGAAAUUAAAGAAGGUCAUGCUGCUUCCCCUCGGGUCCUCCCCCUUCCUUGGAGGGAGUUAAUGGUACUCUGGGGAGGGGGGCGUGGGAGCGGGGGGUGACUAUGCUCUGCCUGAAUCCCUGCACAUCCUGAAUGCUCUGGUGAGGGUAGCGGAACAGGUUUUUAAGGAGCCAGAAAAGUGUUGGCAGCAUUUCAUACGCAUAUGGUUGUCCAGUUUUUAUUUUCUGUACUGUUCUUUUCUGUAAAUAUUUUAUAAUCCUGUUUUUUAGUUGCAGUGAGAUUGAUCAAUCAUCCUUCUUCCAGGGCAGUCAGGGAGGUAAUUUGUUGCGUAUACUGUACACUGGAAUUUUGCACCCUAUCCCCUUUAUGGUCAUCCUGAUGGCUUUUCAUCGGCCGGGGAAACUUCAUUUUGUCUUGUGAAAGACAAUAAAUGUUCAGUGUAUCAAAA